CUUUCAUGGUGUCUCUCCAUCCACCAUGGCCUCGCAACCGCUCGCUCAACCCUCAGCCAACGAUGCGCACCAUCCGAACCCCGUGCGCGCCCCUCCGGCGACCCACACCCUCCUGGAGAGACUACACACGCUCUCGUCCGAGCAAGAAUCACGCCUCGACCUCCUCUCUAUCCCCCCGGACGCGUUCCACACGGCGGUCGCCGACCAAUUCGUCGCCCUCGAGCAAGACAAAUGCCAGUUCGUGUACGCGCUCCUGCGCGCGUCCGGUGCCCGCACGAUCGUGGAGGCGGGCACGAGCUACGGCGUAAGCACAAUCUACCUUGCCCUUGCGGCCCGCCAAAACGCCGCGGCGUUGGGCGGGGUCGCGCGCGUAAUCGGCACCGAGCAUGAGGCGGCCAAGGCCGCACAGGCGCGCGAAUACUGGCGCGAAGCGGGGGUUGGGGACGUGAUUGAGCUCCGUGUCGGCGAUCUUCGGGAGACGCUCAAGAACGAGAUGGGGAGUGUAGACUGUUUGCUGCUGGACAUUUGGGCGCCGAUGGCUUUGCCGGCGCUCAAGCUUGUGCGGCCGCAUCUGCGUCCCGGCGCCACGGUGAUCUGCGAUAACACGAUUGCGAGCGCUGAGCGGUACGCGGACCUCCUCGCGUACGUCAACUCCGACCCGGCGUUCCAGCACAUCACCGUGCCGUACCACAAGGGCCUAGGGCUCAUGGUGUACUACCCGGAGACGAAGUAGCGGGGUCAUCGGAGAUGGAUGCAUUCUACUUGCCAUCGUGUGCGGG